AGCUGACUUGAUAGCAUCCAGGCCUUGUGCUGCACCGGCCCUCCCAUGGCCCUCAACUUCCUCGUCUCUAAUGAACGCGAUGGUCAUAUCGGCGACAUUUUCGCCGUCAGUGCCGCUCCAGAUGGCGCGGUACUCUACUCGGCCGGAGCAGAUGGCGCAUUACGUCAAUGGAACGCUGAAUCACAGGAGCUGCUCAGUACGCAUGAUGCCGCGGAGGAUCCACUCUGGCGUGUUGCAUUAUCACCUGAUGCACAGACACUGGCGUGUAGCACUGCCUCUGGUACACUUCGUGUCUAUGGCCUAGCAUCUCCCAUGACAACACCAACGCUGGAUGCGACCCUGCCAACGCGUUCGCAAUUCGGGAUGUGUAUCGCGUAUAGCCCUGAUGGCGGUAGUAUCUGCACAGGUCACAAAGGCGGUGAUAUUUAUCUAUUCGAUACGGUUGCAGGGAAACUACGACAUACACUUGCUGGACAAUCAGCAACCGUACGCGCUGUUGCCUUUUCACCGGGUAGUUCCCUUAUUGCAGCAGCAGGCGAUGGACCUUGCAUCACUAUUCAUGAUACACGAUCCGGCGAACAACGUAAAAGUCUCUUGUAUACGUCUGCACAGCGCCAAUCAGCCAUCACGAGCCUUGCUUGGAAUCAAACCGGAGAAUUGCUACUGACGGCAAGUACGGAUGGGAAAGUCAAAGUCUGGCAUGUUGAGCGUGGCGAGUGUCUGUGCACACUGACGGAGAGCACAGGCCCUGUCUUUACGGCCUGUUGGGCCAAAAGAGGGAAGCUGGAAGGGUUUGUCGUGGGUGGUGCAGAGUCGAAACUGCGAUUUUACCUCCCAACGACCGCGACAUAG